AUGCCAUGCCAUGAUUGGCUGGUUGCAACAGCUAAACUGCGACCUCCUAUCACUAUUUUGACCGCCGCCACCACAUCCAUGGAUUAUCUUUACUCAUUCAUGGACCGCGCCAACAUAGGGGCUAGCAAGCCAAGGUUACCACGAUUAAGUGGUCGCUACAGCUGCCAGUGGUCAGUGGUUGCUGCCAUCACCACCAUCAUUUGGUGA